AUGGCAGCACAAGCGAGAAUGAGAUCGGCUAAAGUCCUUUUAAUUAAUUUGGGUGCACUGGGAACUGAAGUUGCGAAGAACGUCGUUUUGAGUGGUAUUGGUUCUCUGACAAUUUUGGACGAGCAUGAGAUUGUCGAUGAAGAUUUAAGAACACAAUUCUUCAUCAGCAAGGAAGAAGUAGGUCAGAAGAGACUUGAGGCUGCCAAACCCCGUAUUCAAGAUAUGAACCCAAGGGUCGAUCUGAGAACAGAUGUGGAUAACUUUAAAAGAAAGUCUGAGUCAUAUUUCGAAGAAUUCGAUCUGAUCAUAGGAACGGAUUUGUCCAGAGAAGAAAUUAGAACGAUAAACGCAAUCAGUCGUAAAUACAAUAUACCCUUGUAUAUUGCAGGACUUCAUGGGAUAUUCGGCUACAUAUUUGUUGAUUUGAUAGAAUUCAAUGCAAUCGAAGAAAAGGAGAAGAGUUCGGUAGCUACCUCACUUGGUGUCAUUUCUCAAAACAGAGAAGUGGUUGAAGUAACAGAUUACGUUGAUGAUGAAAAGUCAAAGGCAUUCGAGAAAGUAAUCACUAAGCACAUCUAUCAACCAUUCGAGAUUAGUUUAAAACAAGCCACACUCAACGGUAAGCUUACGCGUCGGCAGCUUAAGAGGCUGACCAACGCUGUCCCUUUAAUAUUGGCACUUUUCGAUUAUGAUAGCGAUUUCUCCAAACUUAACACACACAAUCUCAAAGAAAGUGCCGUUGCCAUUUGCAAGCAGUUAGGUUUGUCUGAAGAUAAUUUAAGGCCCGACUAUAUUGAGAUGUUUGUGGAACAGGCAGGUGUUCAGUUUGCACCAGUCUCUGCAGUAAUUGGAGGUGCUUUGGCGCAAGAUGUCAUUAAUAUUCUGGGCAAGAGGCAAUCACCCUUGAACAACUUCGUGGUUCUAGAUGGACUUACCCUUGAUAUGCAAAUAUUCGAAUUGUAG